AUGCGCAAAGACUCAACCCCCGAGUUACCUCAUGAAAGCGUAACUGUCAACCAUCCCGAAGCUGACGACGACACGUUUGUCGAGCUGCGAGAGACUUAUGUCAAGCCUGGCUUCAGAGGUACUCUCCAAUCCAAAUAUGUCGUGCUCUGUGCAUUUGUCGUACGACUCGGUGGAUUCCUUUUCGGCUAUGACCAAGGCGUCAUCUCUAUCAUCCUGGUCAUGGACCAAUUCACCGAUCGCUUCCCUCGAGUAUCUGAUACGGCGAGUGGUGGUGGAUUCUGGAAAGGAUUCAUGACUGCCAUGAUCGAGCUAGGAGCAUUUAUCGGCGCAUUCAAUCAAGGCUGGAUCGCCGAAAAGAUCUCUCGCAAAUACUCCAUAUGCGUCGCUGUGUGCAUCUUCGUCGUUGGUUCCGUCUUACAAACCGCUGCUCAAGACUACGCCAUGCUCAUCGUCGGUCGACUGAUCGGCGGGAUUGGUAUCGGCAUGUUAAGCAUGGUUGUCCCAAUGUACAUUGCCGAGGUGUCACCACCCGAGAUUCGAGGCACACUUCUGGUUCUAGAAGAAUUCUCCAUUGUCUUCGGCAUCAUCUGCGCCUACUGGCUCACGUUCGGCACACGCUACAUCGGCAGCGAAUGGUCCUACCGACUUCCGUUCUUGCUACAAAUCUUCCCUGCGAUCCUCCUUGGAGUUGCUGUGCUCUUCAUCCCCUUCUCGCCUCGCUGGCUAGCAUCGAAAGGUCGUGACCGCGAAGCUCUCGAGGCACUCGUCAAGCUUCGACGCGUUCCUGAAGACGACCCUAGAGUCCAGGCGGAAUGGUACGACAUUCGAGCCGAAGUGGCUUUCCACAAAGAAAUCACCGUGCAGAAGCAUCCGAAUCUAGGUUCCCCAGGCCAACGGAGCCGAUCACAAGCCAUCAAACUUGAGAUGGCGUCGUACCUUGACUGUUGGAAACAAGGGUACUGGCGCCGAACCAUGGUCGGUGUCGGGUUGAUGUUCUUUCAGCAAUUUGUCGGUAUCAACGCUCUGAUCUACUACUCUCCGUCCCUUUUCGAGAGUUUCGGCAUGACCUACAACAUGCGUCUUGUCCUCGGUGGGGUAUUGAACGUGACUCAACUCGUCGGCGUCGCUACGUCUCUUUACACCAUGGACGCCUACGGUCGUCGUCCCCUUCUCUUGAUCGGUAGCGUGUGCAUGACGGUAGCGCACGUUGUCAUCGCCGUUCUGGUCGGAUUGUACUACGACGACUGGACAGAUCACCAAAGUCAAGGAUGGGUAGCCGUGGGGUUUUUGUUCUUUUACAUGUUGGCCUUUGGAUGUACUUAUGGACCAGUACCAUGGGCAAUGCCGUCCGAGAUUUUCCCCAGCUCACUGCGGUCCAAGGGCGUGGCAUGGAGCACAUGCAGCAACUGGUUGAACAACUUCAUCAUCGGACUCAUUACGCCGCCAUUGAUCCAGAACACACACGGGUUCGGCGCGUACACUUUCUUCGCCGUCUUUUGUGCCCUGAGUUUCGUCUGGGCUUACUUCUUCGUUCCCGAGACAAAGGGGAGGAGCCUGGAAGAUAUGGAUCGCGUCUUUGGCGACCGAGCCGCCGUGGCUGAUCGGGUUCGAAGGAAGGAGAUUCUGCAAGAGUUGAAGAGGAACGGCACCCGGGAAGACGACGCAGAAGAAGCGAAGGGUGCAUAA